UAUGGAAUAGGGAAUAAUGGACUUAAAAAAGUCUGGAGAGACUAGGGAAACAUGCGUUCACCCGGACAGAUGCAAGUUUAAAUAGGCGACUCGUCCCACGUCGUGGGAGCGAAAAUUUGGAAAAGGAAACCCAUCGCAACGUCGCCUUUCAGUCUUCAGGAUGCAGUUGACCCUGAACUCCGUCGCCGCCGGCCUAGCGCUCUUCGCGCCGGGUACGCAGGCGUUACUUCGCUUCUCGUGCUCGCAACUCGUCGUCGAGCGUCUAGACCCGCUUGUCAACCCGGGCAUGACGGGCACGCCCCACGUUCACCAGAUCAUCGGUGGUAACGCCUUCAACCAGUCCAUGGAGUACCCGCGUCUGGACAUCCCCAGCGAGGCUACCUGCACGACCUGCACAUUCGCUGAAGACUUCUCCAACUACUGGACUGCGGUUCUGUACUUCCGCGCUCGCAACGGCACAUACAAGCGUGUGCAGCAGAUGGCCAACUCGGGUUUCGAGGGCUCCAAGGGCGGUAUGACCGUCUACUAUACCCCUAGCUACAGCGGUGGCAAGGUUACUGCUUUCAAGCCCGGCUUCCGCAUGAUCGUCGGUGACCCGAGCUACCGUACUGAGGCCCAGGCCUCUAAGUUCCGCCAACUCACUUACACUUGCUUGGACACCAUCCUCACGCGCACGGGUGAGACGAAGGAUAUGCCCAAGAAGGUCUGCAAGGCCGGUAUCAUGGCUAACAUCCGAUUCCCAACUUGCUGGGACGGCAAGAACCUUGACACUCCUGACCACUCGAGCCACGUGGCUUACCCUGCCAGUGGUACCUUUGAGAAUGGUGGUGCAUGCCCGUCCACACACCCCGUCAAGAUUCCUCAGCUAUUCUACGAAGUUAUUUGGGACACGCGCCCCUUCAACAACCCCUCGGACUGGCCCACGGACGGCAGCCAACCUUUCGUCUGGUCUUUCGGUGACCCCACUGGAUACGGAAACCACGGUGACUACAUGUUCGGCUGGAAGGGUAAUGCUCUCCAGACGGCUAUGGACUCCAACUGUAACAUCAACUGCCCUCAACUCAAGUCUCAAUCCAUCUCCCAGGGUAACCAGUGCACCAAGAAGGUCUCCGUUAACGAGGACAUUGACGGCUGGCUCAAGGAACUCCCCGGCGGGAUGCCCGUCACUGACGCCAGUGGCAAGGUCUUGUACUAAGCAGAUGAUGAUGUUUGAUAUGAUACUACGACGGAGUUAAUGAGAUGUAAUGAUAUCAGUAGAGAGGGGAUACGACAGGCAUAGACGCGAAUUUGUCAGCGAUUAUUGUCUGAUAUUAGCAAUUAGCAUUAAGAAUCUAUCUAAAAUUAAACUCCAACUAUACUAUA